GUGGACUUUAAGGUGUGUGUGUUUUUUCAUAUUUAUUUUUCCUUCUUCCAAUCAAGUUGGCAAUUAUGACGGAGAUGAACGAGAUGGCGAACGACUCUCGGCUUCAUCUCACCAACCAGCCGCUGCCGUCCAAGCUGCAAAGGCUGAAGCGCUCGCUGUCCUUCAUGCGCAGUAAGAGCGUUGAGAACUUCUUCCAGCGAUCCAACAGCGACGCCCGCCCACCCCCGGAGUUCAUCGCGGAGGCCCCGCCCCCCUCUCCGCCCUCGCCGCCGCCCUCGGAGCUGGCGCCGGCGGGCUCGCCGGUCGCGGGCUCGCGGCUCUCGCCGUCGCCGUCCGUCAGCCCCGACCCUUCCGUGGCCUCCCGCUCGCCCUCGCUGAGGCUGUCCCCGUCGCUGCCCGCCAAGCCCCCCCAGGCCCCGCAGAUCACGCACUGCUUCCACGGCCACGUCUUUCGCAAGCCCACCAACUGCCAGCUCUGCAAGCACAUGAUCCUCGGAAACUCCAAACAGGCUCUGCGGUGUAAAACAUGCAAGCUGGCGGCUCACCUGUGGUGCACCUCGGAACUCUCGCAGCAGCCGUGUCACGGGAAGUCGGGCGCCUUCAAGCGGAACUUCAGCUCGCCUGUCCUCGUCAGCGAACAACUGGCCGUCGUCAAGGAAGUGCAGACCACUCAAGAGGCGGUGCGGGCGCGCAUGGACCCGGUGUACGCCGCCUUGCGCCACGGGACGUCGCUGGCGCAGAUGAGCCGCUCCAGUUUCGGCAGCACGUCGGAGUCGCCGACGCGCAGCCCGGGCGAGGGCAGGCAGUGCAGCCUGGAGGAAGACGGCCCUCAGGAGACCGCAGAUUCCGUCGGCGCCGACAAUGAGUCGGAGAACCAAGAGGACGACGAGAACGGCGGGCAAGCGGAGACGCCCGCUGAGGUGCCCCCCAAACGCAUCGAGGUGCACCCCAUGCACACGUACGUGGCGCUCUACAGUUUUCUGCCUCAGGAACACAACGAUCUGGAACUACACCCCGGCGAUCGGGUACAAGUCACGGACGACUCCAACGAGGAGUGGUGGAAGGGCAAGAGCGGCGACAGGGUGGGCUUUUUCCCGGCCAACUUCGUGCAGCGGGUGCGCCCCGGCGAGCGCGUGUGGCGCGUCAUCCACGGAACGUCCGCCGGCAGCCGGGAGCGAGGACACAUGGCGGUCAAGGAGGCGCAGAUCUGCGUGGGCAAGCGUGAGGACGGCGACAUCUUGGUGAAGCUGAGCAGCGGCAAGAAGCGAGGCCUGGUCCCCGCCCACUCCAUCGAGGAGAUCUGAGCUUCGCCGCCGUCGCCGUCUCCCGUCUUCUUUUUUUCCCUUCUUCUUCAUUCUGCGCAAAACAGAUGAAGUGGAACAUGGGAGGAACUAUCGUCCCGGUCUCCUCGCUGAUCACAAAAUGGGACUUUUUGGUUUUGUUUACAUUUGGACGACGCGCUUCCCUUCCUCCUUCCCGCUUUCCCACGCGCGAGGAAGUCAACGCUCGAGUCUGAAAAGGAAGUCGGACGUUUUGCUUUGAAUCAGCAAUUCGACGGAUUUUUUUGGAGACCGAUGCCAAUCCCGAUGAUUGGCAGAAUAGAAUUCCCAAGAUUAAUUUAAAGAUAUAAUAUGAAUGAAAUCACAUUUUUUUUUUGUCCCUUUACGCUUUCAAUUACAGGCAGAACAUUUGACUGUUUUACUUUGACUAGUAUUUGUUUAAAUUUAAAAUGAAGAGAAAUUGGACAAAAUCAUCUGUCCACCCCCCCCCCAAUUUCUGUCAAUUUUGGGGGGCAUAUUUGUUUGAAUGUUUAUGUGUAA